UUUCUGUCAUUCAUGUGCAAAAGUCUGUGGGUGUAAAAUUUUAAAAGGAUCUUUGAUUAUUUUUGACAUCCGUAGGAUUUCCUUCAAUUUCCUUCACAGUUCACACAUCACAAAUAGUAAACUGUGAUAAAUUACUACCUGGAAAAAGGAAAGCCUGCGCCUAUUUAUUGAAAAUGGAUGGCAUGGAAUCAGAAUAUCAACCGAAACCAAGUCCUAUUAGGGCUUUUCAAGUUCUCCACGCAAGUUCCACAGAGGCAGAAGAUGCAAACACAAGCCUCUCUGAAUACCAUGACUACGAACCGAGGUUGGAGUUCGACGACUCUGAAUUAAUGGCUCCUUCUGCCUAUCUUCAUUUUCCGGCUGAUGCUGAAGAAGCUUUUAAACGAUCAGUCAGUGAUGGCACUAUUGAAGAGAACUUUGAGGAUGCACUUGCUGGAGCUCCAGAAGUGUAUGCUGAGAUCGCUGAUUCGUCGCUGGAUUACGACUGUUUCGCCGAACUUGCAGAGACGGGCUUUGUCGAAGUUGUGGGCGAUGAUCAAGUUGGCCGUCGCAUAAUCAUAAUAUCGGCUUGUCAUAUGCCCUCUAGUAAAGAUGUGCAUCCGGAUAGAUUGUUGAGAUACCUAACAUUUACUCUUGAUAAAUAUGUAGAGCAAGACUACAGUGUUGUCUAUUUACACUAUGGGCUAACGAGCAAAAACAAACCUUCUCUGUCGUGGCUGUGGAAAGCUUAUAAAGCUUUUGACAGGAAAUAUAAAAAGAAUCUUAAGGCACUUUACUUGGUGCACCCAACUAACUUGAUUCGGAUUGUAUGGCAGAUGCUCAGGCCAGCCAUAAGUGUAAAGUUCGGAAAGAAAGUAAUGUACGUUAAUUACUUACACGAACUACAGCAGCAUUUGGAUCUUGAUAAACUGUGCAUUCCUGGUGAAGUUCUAGAGUACGACAAAUUGCUGUUGUCUAAAAACCCGAAAGCUGCUCAAUUAGCCAAAAAGAUGGCGGCACUAUCAGUCACCCCGCCGGAGGAUAACGAUGACAAGAAUGUUGCGACGCCGCCGGAGAGUCUUUCGCCGCCGGCCACACAACAGUUUGGUGUCUCGCUGCAAUUCAUCAAAGCGAACAAUGUCAACAUGAUCGACUCUGUGCCGCCUGUGGUCAGGCUGUGUGUCGAUUACCUGUCACAGCCUGAAGCAUUGGAAACUGAGGGGAUAUUCCGGAGGUCUGCCAACAUUACGGUGAUCAAGGAGUUGCAGCGCGCUUGCAACAGAGGCGAGCCGAUAUCGUUCAGGAACGACCCGCACAAUGCCGCCGUGCUCAUGAAGACCUUCCUCAGGGACUUGGAGGAACCCCUGCUGACCUUCGAACUGUUCGAAGACAUAUUAAAGUUUCAGAGCUGGCCGCACUCUGAUAAGUUUCAAAAGGUCAAGUUACUUAUCUUAGAGAGAUUGCCACUUGACAAUUAUAAAUUGCUGAAAUACAUCUUUAAAUUCCUUCACAAGGUUCAAGACAGGAGUUGCAUCAAUAAAAUGACAGUAAGCAAUUUGGCUGUGGUCUUCGGACCAAACCUGGCCUGGCCCGCAGUGGGUCAAAUGACACUGCAAAUGAUAUCUCCAAUCAACGCUUUUACAGAUUUCAUUCUUGAAAAUCAGAAGACCAUUUUUUUCUUGUAAACAUUCCAUCAAGAAUCAACAUAAUAUGAUUCUAGCAAAAAUACAAAUAUUAUAAAACGGGGAUAGCUAACAUGUGGCGAUAUUUUCCUGAUAUUUCCAGUUUCAUUCAUACGUAAUAGCACAGAAUAAAGAUGAUCCAGAAUGAGUCUUUACAAGCAGCGUAGUAAAGCCGGUGAAACCGGUGCUUGACAUCCGCAUAUACAAACUUUUCAUAAUCUGUAUUUCAAAAUUUAACAUUAACAACAAAUACGUAAAUUACGAGUAAUGUAAUAAUCAAUAAUUACCAAUAAAAAAAACCCUUGCAUAUUUCUAUAGUUUUUUUAGUGAAAAAGUUUUAAAAUAUUUAAAAACAUAAGACGCCAUUUUUCUUGAAAGAUAUUGAAAAUUACUGAUGCGACGCUUCGUGUCGUACUGUAUUCGUUUUUGAAUUUUGUAUUUGGAGCGGCUACGACACCGUCGUGUUCCGUGCGCUCUAUCCACCUAUUAUUCUUUAAUCUGUGCGUAAUAGUAACUCAAUGCCCACUGUCAGAUACUUUCUAACUUUCUAUAACGGCUUAUAGUUGAAUAUUUUAUUCUUACUUUAUUUUACCGAUCUGCUCUGUGUCUAUCAAGUAUCUAUCUAUCAAGUAGUGUAGUUUUUUUUAAUUUGGCGUGCGAUUUCAGUCUCUACUUUCAUUAGACAAACUACAUAUUAUUAUAAUAUCAUAGACUAUUCUAUAUUGACCAUAGUUACAUUAUUGCCAUAAGGUUUGCUAUCCUUGUUCUUUGUGAAUGGAUUUGUUACAAAUUAUACUUCGAAGGAGUUGAAUGCCAAAUACAAAUUACGAAAUGUUUACCUGAGAGAUUAAGUGCAAAUAUAUAAUAAAUGUUCGUUUUGUUUUUAGUUUAUAAUAAUUAAUUAUUACUUACACUAACUAUACUACGAGUACACAAACAUACGAAUCAAUAUGAUUACUUAGUAUCUGUCGAAGCAACAAUUCUUCACUACACGAGACUUGAUAACUUUGAAUGUUAAAUGUUAUAUUGAUGUUUAUUGGUGUCUAAGUGUCAAUUAAUCUUAAGCUUAUUGUCUAUUGAACGAUUUGUCUAUUGAUGUUAUAUGUAUACAGGAUGUUUUAUGUGGUAAUUUACAAAAUUUUGUGAUUAAAAAGCUACUCAAUCGUUAGAAUUUGGUGGAAAUUUUUACAUGAUUUUGCAUCAAAGUUUACACAGGUGUUGAUACUGCAAAAUACUGGAAGAUUUGGUAAAAUAACAAAGAAAAUGUAAUUUUUAUAUGUGAUUUAUAAAACAUCCUGUAUGUUUAGCAUUAUUUAUUAGAUGUUUAGAGUUUAAAAAAUGUUGAUGUUUUAUGUAAUGUAGUUGUAUAGGUAUAUAUGUAUAAUAUAUAUGUAUUUUUUCUAAAAUAUAUUUUGCAAACCCUAACAAUGUAUAUAAUAUAUUCGUGGAUACUUCGAAUACUAUGAAUGUAAGAAAUAUUUGUGUAAAUGUUUGGGAAACUUCCAUUUUCGCAAGUAAAUAAUAAUAUUGAUAUUGAUGAGGAAAGUCUUUUCAUUUAGAGAAUUUUUGUGACCAUAAAGUUAGAAAUGAUGCAACAUCGGAAUGCGGCCUAAGUAUUGACCACAUUUUGUUGACUUAUUAAUGAACAUUGUUUUGUAAUUAAAAUAUAAACACUUUUAUUUUUAUUCUAUAUACUCAAUAAUAAAUUUAAGGGACAGUCAGACAGACUUACAAUUUAAUUUUACAUCUUAAUUAAAAUUAAAGAUUUGGUGUCAUGGAUAACUUAUUUUUCCUAUUUUUAUCAGAAUUUUAAAUCUUGCAAAACUGACAACAAGCGAAUUAAUCGUACAAGAUGCAAAAAUAGGAAACAACGAAAGCAUCGAAAUUAUAUCCAGAUGAAUACAGACAGUACUUUCCCUUACAUUUGAAAGUAUAAAAAACAUUGUGUAAUCUAUAAAAAUUUAUUAGUACAGGAGAGAAAUUGUUCAAUAAAAGCAUAUUCCGGCCCAAAUCUUCUGAUUAUAUUAUCUCUCUCUCUCUUAUUGAUUAUCUUAUUAGCUCUCUGUAGGUAUAAUAAAUAUAUUUCAUAUCAUUAACGUAAGGAAGUGAUACAAGAAUUCUCGUUUUUUUUUAAAAAGCUUGGGCCGAUUGUAUUGUACAUAACACGAAAUUAAAGCAAAUGUGCUUUCUAGGCCGAGCAAAUAAAAAAAAUAUAUCACAAAAUGAAAUAUAAGUUCUCUCAAAUUUUAUAAAAUAUUAUUAUAAAAAUUAAACUGCAGAUCUUGGAAUGUACCUAAAUAUAUUUCGUUUACAUUAUGUUUAGCUUUAUUAUAGGUGUUAAUAUUAUUUAAUACAUACCUGUAUUGUAAUUAAAUUACAAGUACCUAAUUAUUCUAAAUUAGAAUUAUAAAUAGUAAUUGUUUAUGAAAGUUCGUAAAACAAUUUACAUUUGUGGGUGUACCACUUAUUAACUUGGGACCGACGAAAAUUCAUACAAUGAUAAUAAUUAUAAUGGUUCGUUGAAAAUAUAAUUUAAAUUGAAACCUUCUUUGGCCAUUUUCAUAUUGUGCUGUUUUACUUACUAGUAAUAAACAAUUUUAUAGUAGGUGUAAUUUAAAUUGAUAAGAAAAAUUUUAAUAUCUCGAUGUUAAUAAAAAUAGAAUAAUGUUGAAACACUUGUAACAUCCCUUUUGAUGAUACUAUUUCUAAAGUGUGUCCCGGAGUAUGUAAACCUUCUACUAAAUACAUAAAUUUACAUAAUUUCCUCCGAUUUACAUAAAAUCGGGCCCACCUGCAUGAAUAAUUUUAGCUAUGCGGACGAUAUGGUUCUUCUCAGUCCCUCAAUCAGUGGACUUCGUAAACUAGUUGCAAUCUGCGAACGUUACGCCUUAGAUCAUGGCUUAAAAUAUAACGUCAAGAAAACAGUUACGAUGGUGUUCCGUGCAGGCAGAGGUCCAGAGAGGAUCCCUGGGGUGUUCCUUGAAGGAAAUUUACUUGAAAGGGUUGAGCGGUUCAGAUAUCUCGGACACGUUGUGACUGAGGAUCUCAAUGACAAUGAAGAUAUAGAGAGGGAGCGACGUGCUCUGUCUGUCAGAUGCAACAUGCUCGCACGUCGGUUUGCAAAGUGCAGCGAACAGGUCAAAGUGACAUUGUUUAGAGCAUACUGUCUAUGCUUCUACUCAUGUCAACUUUGGACCAAGUACACCAGACGCGCAAUCAACAACAUCAGGGUACAAUACAAUGAUGCGUAUCGUAUCCUGAUGAAGUUGCCGCGGUACUGCAGCGCGUCGGGCAUGUUCGCGAUGGCCAGAGUACCGGACUUCUUCGCGAUCAUCCGAUCGCGAAUCGCAAAUUUUUGGUACCGUUUGCGAUCCUCAAAAAAUGAGAUUCUCACCACGCUGGCUGAGUGUCUGGACUGCUCAAUCUAUAAACAUUGGCUUUCAGUGCACCAAGAGCCUAAUAGAAAGUAGCAGAACAUACGAAUAUGUACCUAUACUAGUUAGACAAUUAAAUUAGUGUAAUGUCAAUUUUAAUUACUAUUUUUGCUAUUUUUGUAUUGUUAAUAUUAUUGUUUGUUUUACACUGGGUUUUUACCUUUAAAUAAACUAUUAUUAUUAUUAUUAUUAUUAAAAGCCUCCCAAACCAAGUGGCACGUCGAUUCUCUUUUUACGAUCGCAAACGCUUCUAAAACUAAAAAGAUGUAAGGCAAAUGUCAUUCCCAUGAUGGGCCGUUGCUCGUGUUUCAAAAAUAUUUACAUGUAUACCAAAUAUAACCAAGAGUCGAUUUAUGUCAUUUAGAUGUAAUAUAUUAACAAAUAGAUUAGGUGAACUAUUCAAAUGAUUACAUACUUUUGGUGAAUUUAAUUUAUUCUAUAUGCAAUUUUCAAUAUAAAAUUAAUGAAUUAUAUAAUUUCCUAAAUGCGAUUUUUUCUGUUGUAUAUAGAUAUUGAAAUAAUUGAAAAUACACGUUUUAAAGUGAUAUAUGCUUCUACUAAUAUGGACGGUGCAUCCAAACAUAUAAUAUGUACGUAUAGGUCUAAUAUUUAAAACUAGCGGACGCCCGCGACUUCGUCCGCCUUUAGAUCUCUUUAAUCCGGCUCUUACAGUAGUAUCACUGUAAAAAUGUAGUAACUUCUCCCGUUUUCCCAACAUUUUCCUUCACUGCUCUGCUCUUAUUGAUCAUAGCGUGAUGAAAAGUAUACUAUAACCUGCCCAGGAGUAUGAAGAAUAAUUGUACCAAGUUUCGUUAAAAUCUGUCGAGUAGGUUUUAUUUCUAUAACGACAUUUUUAUUUUUAUAUACAGACAGACAGACAAAAAUUUUAUAUAGAUAGUUAUCUUGGAAAUGUGUUUCAUGUACAGAAUUGACCUCCCUACAGAUUUAUUAUAAGUAUAGAUAUACAAUCCGUGUCAUUUUAAUUAAAAACAAAAUAUUUCCUUUUGAUUCUUAAUUGAAUUAUUUUCCUUAUCUAUUCCUUUUACAUUCCAGUAUAUAAAAAGCUUUAUUUGGGUAAUACCUACAACGUAAUGCGCCUAACGAUAGCUAUUUGUUUGCGUAAAUAUCUAAAAAUUAACAUUUCUCUUUUUAAAAGGGAAGUUUGUUUUUACAGAGGCUAAAUUUAAUUCGAGUUUCAUAAGUUUUGUUGGAUGUAUUUUUUGGUUUUUGUGAAAUGAUGUCAUUAAUCAUAUAAAUGAUCAGAUAAACACCAAAAACUCGCCGUUUUUUGAUUAUUUGUCUUGAAGCAUAAAUAAUUACUAUAUUAUUUACUUAUUAUAUUAUGCUUUACUUCACUUAUAUAUACUAUCAUUUAUUUAUUUGCCCUUUUUAAAAAUUUUUGUGUCAUGACUAUAAUAGUUAGGGAUAUGUUGCCGUGACAAUUUUUUUUAAAUGGUGUGUUCGGAAAAGUUGUAGUACGUUAUUUUAUUCUAACAUCAAUAGUUUUUGCAGCGCACGCCAUGUAAACAAUAUUUUAGGUUUUUUUUACAACUUGGGUAACAUUGGAGUUUUAGAAAUAAUCCCUAAUAUUUUUUUAUUAAGUUUAUGUUAACAAUUUUCCUCUUCUUAAUGUCAAAUAUGUCAAUUGUUAUUUUCAAUAGUUUUUGUGAUAUAAGUAAAAAACCAUACCCCUUAACUUUUGCAAUUAUUGCGAGCCCUUCCAUUGUGUCAAAAACUAUCUACAUGCGAUUCCGAAUCGAAUGACACCUCUAGAAACUUUUUUAUAGGAGAAGGAGAAAAAGUUUCGAUAUAAAUAGCUUUUGUGAACUAGACUGAUCUUUACUUUCACACUUUACUAUAGGACCUAUGUACUUUAUUGCAAUACCAUAUGUACUAUACGAGUACAUAUAGGUGCCACCUCGCUGAAAUAAAAAUUUAUUCCGCCCAAUUUUCUUAAUAUUAUAUUUUAGAUAGCACAUAACAUUUUUACAAUCUACUUACUCUACAUUAUAAUUACUUUUUGCUUGCAUUUAUUUAUCCUAACAUUGUUAGGUUUAAUAAUAAUGUAUUAUAAGUUUUAAAUCAAGUAAUAAAUAUUAAUUUCGAAAUAUUCAAAGUAUAAUAAAUAUAUAUUCGAAAAUUAAAGACAGAUAAAGUUGACCAUUAAUUUGUCUUGUUCACAAAAUUAUAAAGUUUCAUGAAUUAUUUGAAUAUUAAGAUUUUAUUUAUUUGAACAGACUAUUCUUCAGACGUCCACACCUAUGUAAAUCUAGCUAAAUAUUAUUAAUAUAAUAAAUAAAUGAACACAUAUACCUACUUACUUGUAUAUUAUCAGUUACACAAUAUUUACUAACAAUCUGUUACUACCAUCAUAAUAAAGUUUAGUUUAAUAUUUAAAGUUUAUAUAUAGUCUAACCUAUUUACCCAAUACUUAUUAUAAAUAUGUAUUAAACACAUGUAGUAUCAUAUAUUUAAUAUAUUUUAUAACGUAAGCAAAAUAUACUACAAUCUUGCAAUUAAUUUAUAUAAAAAUAUCGUAGUAUAAUAUAUAUUAAUUAUUAUGAAAAGGUGCUUCAGAAAUUAGGAAAAAAACUACUUUUAAUCUUGUCUGAAUCUAUAAUAUACAACAUUAAAUUUUCCACUUUUUUAAAGAAAAAGUAAUGGUUAAGGUAAAACGCAGAUGACCUUGACUAAAAUAAAAUAUUUAUAUUUCAUUAUUAUUAUUAUUAAAAUAUAAUUCAUAUACUAUACUAAUAUUAAAUGAAAUAGUAUAUCCUACAAGGGACGUAAUUCAAAUAGGUGAUAUUUCUUUUUAUUUAGUUCGAUUACUUUAAAAUAGAGUUCAAAAAAGAAGGAAGGUUUGUGUUUGGCUGCAUACAUUUUCUUUAACAAAGUAAACAUAUUACAAAAUGUUUAUUUUAAAUUAAAUAUUAUCUGGUAUUGCACAAUCUAAUAUUUAUUAUUUAUGUAUGUAAUGUUUCUAAAAUAUAUAAGAUUACUAAUUUUAUUGUCUAUAAAUUAGUAUGAACUGGAAUAAUAAUAACUUGGCAUAAUAAUACUACGAAUUUUCAGAUGUUUCAUUUUGAAUAACCUUGGCAUCGGUAAAUAUAAGUACUUACUCUGGUUUUGUUACUGUACCUAUUUGAAUCGAAACAUUAUUUCUGUUCAGCUAUCAAUCAUCAGAUAUAUGUAUCUAGGUCAAGUUAUUUGCAUAAAAAAAAAUGUUUGGACAAAGUACAUAUUACAAUGGAUUUCAACUUUUAGUAACUUCAAACGUUAUUUUUAAGAGAUAUUUACAGAUACAUAUUUGUGACCUUUCACAUAUUUUGAUAACUUAUGACUAGUAGGUACACAACAUUGUAUGUAACUUUUGCAUGUACUCGGAUAUGUAUACAAGUAGCUUAUUACCUUUCCUGCUUAGUUUAAAUCUUUAUUUGGCAAAGUUUAAAGAAAAAUUUAAAAGUAUUUCUUUAAAUUUUAGUUUAGGUAAUAAUAAAAUUAAGCUUCCCCUUGGAGGUGAUAAGGCAACAAAAAUGUCUGGCUAUACUACUCGUAUUAUGUUAUUUACAAAUAAAUAUAAGCUUUUCUAUCAUUUACGUAAUGCUUUUUGAUGUAAAAGAUUUAUCAAUAGAUUAAGUUGAAAACUUAGAAAUAGUGUUAUCACCAAGAAGAGAAAUAGAGUCACCAGAAUUUGGAUUGUAUGUAUUUGUCUUUAAAAUAAAGAAUAAUAAAUGU